AUGUCGGCGCAACUUUCCAACCUGCCAUCUGAGGUCAUCGAGAUGGUGGUGUGCCUACUUGACUAUCAAGAAAUCUGCAACCUUCGCCUCGUCAGUCGUGCUAUCGAUGUCGCUUCCACACAAGCACGUUACAAGUCGUUCUUUGGCUGCAAGACAGUGGAGCUCGACUCUACCGCAAUCCUCAGACCUGCCGCCAUCACAAAGUACAGUUACUUUGUUGGUCUCCUCCAGGAUCUCACACUUACUGGGACAGAAAAAGGUCAGGUUACGGACCGUUUUUCAUCUCGAGAUGCCGAUAGGCUAUGCAUGGCGUUACGAAAUCUUCGUAAACUCCACGAGCAAUCCAAGCAGUACGGUCUACGAAGUCUGACUACUGGAGUCACUGAGGAAGCUUCAACCCCGUCAAGAGUUGUCUCUCGAUCAACACCACGAUCAGGUGCUGGUGCCUCGGCCGUCAGAACCACACUGCGUGUAGUCAACGACAGCGAUAUCCCUAUUGAGAAGAUCGAUCUUUUGUACCACUCGUCGGCAUACAGUGUUCCAUGUUGCAUCUUCAAAGGUCUCUUCGAACCAAUUCAGCCCUCUACCAACUGGUCUAUCUUACGCUCCUUAUCGCUCAGCCUCACCCAUCAUGCGAAUAACGGUGCAGAAGCUGGGCUUGAAGAUACAGACUACGACACUUUUGACUUUGCUGUAAGAGAAUCCGCUGAGGCUGGAACUCGACGCGUUCAGGCGCUGGUUCAUUUUUUCUCCCUGAUCCCCAACAUCGAGGAACUCAGUCUGCACUGGUAUGAUAAGCGACUAAAGUCUCUGGCUUUCACAGUCGCCGAGGCUAUAGAAAACUACUGGUUCGAUCAAGUCUCUCUUGUCGUCUCGUUCCACAAUCUCAAGCACCUAGUCCUUCGUGGCCUCCGCCUCUCCCAACAGACCCUUCAAAAAGUGUUAAUCGCACCAUCUUUGCAACAAGUCCACCUUGAGUACAUUCGCCUAACCGGUUCUCUUCGUCCCAUCAUCGAUAUCCUUACCGGACCAAACACAGCUAUCGCUCAAUUCUUUCUCGAUGACAUAUAUACACGUGAGUUAGUGCACUUUUCAGUCGAAGGACGUCCCAAGUUCCCAUGGUCGGGAAGGGUCCCGGGGCCAAGCACGGUGUUAAGAAAAGGUGAAAAGGUCAGAUUACCUUUGAAGUAUGGAUAUGCGGGUGGGCAUUCUUUACUGUCGGACGAGCUGACGAACUUCAAGAGGAUCAGGAAAGAAGAGUUUGGUUGGUCGUAA